GGCGGAAGUGUCAUGGCGCCGUGCGUCCGGCAGUAACAGCGUUAGCACAACACAACUUGUUAUGACUCUUCUCUUAUAGGUUUGGUCUUAACAUCUACUUAGGGCAUCCGAGGACUCAUAAGUUUAGGAUGGCUGAUUCAGGCUCAGGUGACCCCAGUGGUCAACGUCCGCCAGGUCCUGGAGGGAGCAGUAUAGGAGUGCUGAUAGGCCGCCGACCACCAGCCAACAUCUCUCCCGGUCGUCUCCCUUCAGUGCGAUCAAGAGACCUCACCCUAGGAGGAGUGAAGAAGAAAACGUUUACACCCAACAUUAUUGGCCGAAAAGCAAAAGAAGAAAUGAAAGUUGAAGGCGGGCAGAGGAGAGAGAGGAAGGAUACUGAUCGAGGUCGUGGUCCGAGGGAUAGAGGCAGGGGCCGGGGUCGCCCUGAGGUCAUCCAGUCUCACUCUAUUUUUGAACAGGGGCCUGCAGAGAUGACAAUGAAAAAGAGAGGUGUCUAUGAAAGUGAGAGAGAGGCUCCGAGUGUUGGGCCUUCACCCAUCAUCAAUAUUAAAAAGGAGAAGAGGGAGACAGAGGAAGAAACCAAAGAGAUCCUUAAGAGUCUGGAACGAGACAAUUUUAUAGACGAUCCCUUCCUGAGGAGUGAGCAAAAGAGCUGCCCUGUCCAGCUUCCCCUCGCUGUGUCAGGAUGGGGAUUCAAGGAGGAAUUUAGUGAAGUUGCUGUUAAAAUUGAGAAGGUGGAGGAGGAUUGUGAACCCAUGGAGCCUGAUGUUAAAGUCAAACAAGAGCCAGAGGAAACGGAAAUAAAGAAGUCAGACGCAGCUUUCAAGCCUCCCCGUCUCCCUGAGCCUGAAAUUCUGCAUGACCUGCUGCAUAGAUGGAGUCUGAGCAAAGGGGAGGAGCUGUUCUUCAUGCAGCUGCCCGACUCCCUGCCUGGCCAACCUCCCACCAAAGAGCACAGGCCGGUGAAAACAGAGGUGCAGUCAGAGGAUGGACAGUCUGUGCUUCUGAAAACAGAGUCCCAGGAAGAGGAAACUGAUGAAAACAGCUGCAGUCUGAAAGAUUUGAGGGAGGGUCUUGUAGGAAAGAUGCUGGUGCGGAAAUCUGGACGAGUACAACUCAUACUGGGACAAGUGACACUUGAUGUGUCUCUCGGAACAUCAUGCUCUUUCCUUCAGGAGCUGGUCUCUAUUGGUACAGAGGGAAGAACAGGUGACUUGACUGUAUUAGGAAAUGUCAAACACAAAAUGGUCUGCUCUCCAGACUUUGAGGCUCUACUGGAGGGCAGCGCUUGAUGCUCAUCAGAGCAGCACAGCCUCCUCAAACCUGACAGCUGGAUGUACUUGUGGUGGGUUGUGAUGUUCACAAAAUUCUCAUUAUUACUAUGGACUGUCUCUUCAGAAAGUGACAUCUAAUACAAGUUGAUUGCGCUUUUAUGUUUACAGAGUGGCUAUAAUAACAUUGAAAUACACUAUCUGUAAAUAUGAAACAUGACGGAGGUUUUAUUUUCUUCGUAUGGAACAGGCAUAUUAAGUCAGGGUUCAAAGGUUGAAUGGUGUGCCAAAUUUCAGUACCAUUUUCAUUUCUCUACAUCUGAAAUUACUUGACAAAACUGUACAUGGAUGUAAAUGUGUGAAUAAAAAAAAAUGUUAUUCUU